AUGAAAAUCGCCGCUUUACUCCUUGUUCUCGCUGCUGCUAGCGCAAGUCCCCUUGAGACUCGCGCCAGUGGUAUUCAGGGGUUCGAUAUCUCCAGUUACCAAGGCACCGUCGACUUUGCUGGUGCGUAUGGUGACGGUGCUCGCUUCGUCAUGAUCAAGGCGACAGAAGGCACCACCUACGUAGACAAGACUUUCUCUAGUCACUACGAAGGUGCGAGUAGCGCCGGUCUGAUUCGAGGUGGUUACCACUUUGCCCACCCCGACAGUAGCUCCGGUGCCACCCAAGCUUCUUACUUCCUUGCCCACGGUGGAGGUUGGUCCGACGAUGGCAAGACCCUACCCGGCAUGCUGGACAUUGAAUACAAUCCAUCUGGUGCAACCUGCUACGGCCUCAGUAAGUCCGCCAUGGUCGCUUGGGUCAAGGACUUCGGUGAAACCUACAAGACCAAGACAGGUCGAUACCCCAUGAUAUACACCACGGCCGACUGGUGGAACACUUGCACCGGUGGCAGCACAACUUUCAGCAAGGAUUACCCCCUGGUGCUGGCUCGCUAUAGCACUUCUGUUGGUACUAUCCCCGGUGGCUGGCCUACCCAGAGCUUCUGGCAGAACUCGGAUAAAUAUGCCUAUGGAGGUGACUCGGAUAUUUGGAAUGGUAGCGAAGCCUCUCUGAAGACAUUCGCCAAAGGGGCUUAA